UUGCAUUAUUACUUGUAAUAAAUUUGAAUUGUCAAUAUGAAAGUUAUUGUGGUGCUUCUGUUCUUGGUAGGCAAUGCAAUCACUACUCAUGCAUACAAGUGUAUAGAAACAGAGAGACAAGCUCUUCUUACCUUCAAGCAAGGUCUAGUUGAUUAUCAGAACCGCUUAUCAUCUUGGACAAGCAGCAACAAGAAUUGCUGCACAUGGAGCGGAAUCAGGUGCCAUGAUUUAACUAAUCAUAUUAUCAUGCUUGAUCUUCGUCCUAAUUUUACCUAUUAUGAUGCUGGUAUGCGUUGGGGUCCUAUUUAUGGUGAAAUUACUCUCUCUUUGGUUCAACUCCAAUAUUUGGAGUAUUUGGAUCUUAGUUACAAUGGUUUCACUAAAAUCCCCAACUUUAUAGAUUCCUUCACAAAUUUAGAAUAUCUCAAUUUCUCAGGGAAUCCUCUAAUAGGAAAUAUUCCUUCACAACUUGGAAAUAUCACCAAGUUGUGUAUUCUUGAUCUCAGUGACACUAUGGCUAUGAGUAGUUUGAUUUCUAAUAGUUUUAAAUGGGUUUCUCAUCUCUCUAAUUUGACAAUCUUUAAAAUGAGUAGUACAAAUUUCACCAAAGCCAUAGAUUGGUUUCAUUCAUUUAAAACAGCUCCCUCCUUAUUAAGCUUACACUUAUCUAAUUGUGAAUUUCCAAAGCUAGAUUAUGAUUCCUAUUUUUCUCAUACAAAUUCUUCUACCAAUUCCAUCACAACCCUUGAUGUAUCUCGGAGCAUAUUUGGGUCUACAACAAUUUCCCGCUUGCUUAAUUUGAGCAAUAAUCUUGUUGAUCUCUCUCUCUACUCUAAUAAUUUCAAUGUGGAAGUUACUCCUAGUAAUAGUAUUAUUCCACAUUAUUCAUUUCAAAAUUUGAAAUCUCUAAGGCGUUGUAACUUGCGGUUGAAUCAAUUCGGAGGAGAAAUACCGAAAUCGAUGGGGAAUCUUUGCAACCUUAAAGAAUUAGUUUUGUCUUACAACCAAUUCAAUUCCACCAUCAUUGAUACCUUGAAAAGCCUCAUUGAUUGCAAUAACAACUCCUUAGAAAUUUUGAAUUUGUCUCAUAACAAUCUAACUGGACCAUUGCCAAGAGAUUUUGCUAAGAUUCUAAACUUGAGAGAGUUAGAUGUGUCAAGCAAUAAGUUUAAUGGCACACUACCAGAAAGUAUGGGCAAGCUUUCUAGUCUUGAGCUAUUAGAUAUUUCUUGGAAUUCUUUCAGUGGAGUUGUCUCUCAAUCACAUCUUGAGAAACUCUCCAAAUUGGAACACCUUGAUUUAUCUUCAAACUCUUUGACUAUGAAAUUGCCAAACACUUGGGUUCCACCUUUUCAUCAACUCCAACAUAUCAAUUUGAGAUCUUGCAUGAUAGGUCCACAUUUCCCUUCUUGGCUUCAAACACAAUCAAAUAUUUCCUAUAUUGAUUUAUCUUGUUCUGGAAUAUCUGAUACCAUUCCUAUAUGGUCUUUCAAUACAACUUCCAAUUUAAGAUAUUUGAAUAUAUCUUUCAAUCAGAUUCACAGUACCUUGCCAAACAUUCCAUUGGAAUCGAAUCAUUUUCCUAUUGUGGAUUUAAGCUCCAACAGAUUCCAUGGAAAUAUCCCACUAAAUUCCCUCUUCAAUGCAACUAUGCUGAAUCUUUCUAACAACACUCUUACAGGAUUUGAUCUUCUGUUUUGCAACUCAGUACUUAAUGGGAAUGUGGAGGUUCUUGAUCUUUCUAAUAACCAACUAUUUGGAAACCUUCCGAAUUGUUGGUUUCGUCUACAGAAUUUGAAUUUUCUCAAUUUUCGCAACAACAGAUUGUUUGGAGUGAUCCCAAGCUCAAUUGCUUCUCUUUAUCAAAUUCAAAUGCUUGAUUUGAGCAAAAAUAACUUGUCAGAAGCAUUACCAUCAUCCAUGAAAAAUUGCACUCACUUGUUAUUUUUGGAUGUUGGAGAGAACAGCUUGAAAGGGAAUAUACCAAUGUGGAUAGGGAAUACACUAUCAAAUUUGGUUAUACUUCAACUAAAAUCUAAUCAUUUUAAUGGAACAAUACCAUCAAGUCUAUGCCAUCUACAAUAUAUUCAGAUAUUAGACAUUUCACAUAAUAAUAUAUAUGGAGCUAUACCAUCAUGUAUAAAUAAUUUCACAUCCAUGGUCAAGAUAUCUGGAGAGCAAAAUUCAUUGGAUAUGAACAAAAUUUCAAUAUACUAUCAGAUUGGCUAUUUCAGUGAAUUACAAGAAUACAACAUAAAGGCAUUUGUAACUUGGAAAGGAAAGGAAUACGAAUAUGAAAGUAUUUUGGGUUUGUUAAGAGUGAUUAACCUUUCAAGUAAUAGAUUGGAUGGAGAGGUUCCUAUGGAGUUGACAGAUCUUGUGGAGCUAGCUCAAUUGAACUUGUCAAGAAAUAAUUUGAGUGGAGCCAUACCUUUGAAUAUUGGGAGCUUAAACAAACUUGAAUCACUAGAUUUGUCACAUAACAAUUUUGUUGGUGAAAUUCCUAUUGGGUUGGCCAAAAUAUUUUCCUUGGCAUACUUGGACUUGUCAUAUAAUCAUUUGUCAGGAAGUAUCCCCAUAAGUACUCAAUUACAAAGCUUCAAUGCUUCUUCAUAUGUUGGAAAUGAGGAUGGAUUAUGUGGACUUCCUCUCUUGACUAAAUGCCCUGGAAAUCAUCCAAUUUUCAAGAAUGAUGACCCUAAUGAUUCAGAUUUUGAUCAUGAAAAAUAGUUAGACAUGUCAUGGUUUUACAUUGGACUCGAAGUUGGAAUUGCUCUUGGCUUUAUUGGAGUUUGUGGAGCUUUGUAUCGAAACUCAUUCUUAUUGAAGGCUUGCUUAUUUUCGAGAUACUUGAAUCAAUUUGGAGGUUGACUUUGUGUCAUAUGGUCAACAUCUUCUUAAUUGAAGAGAUAUCUUCAAAGCUAAGUGAUUCAUUUUGGGAGAUCUCAUCUUGGAGAACCGUGGUAAGAAUUGUGUUGAAUUCUAUCCUUCCUUAAUUUUCAUUGAGAUCUAGAACUAGGGAAAGAAAAAGAUAAUUCCCUAAAUAUUUAGUGAUCAUUUGAUGAUUAAUUUUUUUCUUUUUUUUUUUAAAGCAAAACCUCUUCACAUUUUGUUGCUGAUGAUCUUUAAUUAAUUAACACAGUAUUUUUUUUUUCUUAUUGAUUACCCAAAAUGAACUGAUAGUACCCUAAUUAAUGAUCAUGAUUUGUCAA